ACCAGAGUCAUCUAUCGGCGAGCGGAAGAACUACACACCAAACUCGGGCAAGAAGUGGGUCGAUGGAGUCUUCUCUCAAUCCCAAACUUUUUAACAAUAAUGACGUGAAGACCGAGCUUUUUUAUUGAUGUGAACACGAGAAUCCCCCUCCCCCUAAUAAAUAAAGAGAAGUAAGCGAGUUCCCCCGCUUUCAAAAGGAAAAUCAGGAACGCCUCUCCCGUGUUCGUGUGUGAAGUUUUUGGGGUUUAUUUUUCUUCUCUCAUACUCGCUUAACUUGAAAAAGAAAGGAAAAGAGAAGAAUAAAGAGGGCAAAGCAAACCCAACCGAAAAGCAAAAUACGAAAAAGACCAGAGGACAGAAAAGGAACCCUCCCUCUCUCCCUCCCACAAAAAUAUCAAAAAUAUUCCCCAAUGUAUAAACAACUCCAAAUGGGCUUUCGUACUUUUCUUCUCUUGGCUCAAAAAAUCUGGAGUUUCAUCUGUUAUGUCUUGAGGAAGCAAGCGAGGGUGGUGUUACAGUACCAGCCAGUGAAAUACGAAGUGUUGCCCCUCUCACCCCUGUCUAAACACCGACUAAGUUUGGUGAAGCGCAAAGUGCUAGUACUGGACCUGGACGAGACCCUGAUCCACUCACACCACGAUGGAGUUAUUAGGCAGAUGGUUAAGCCAGGAACGCCCCCAGACUUCGUGCUCAAGGUGACCAUUGAUCGGCAUCCUGUACGCUUCUUUGUGCACAAAAGGCCCCACGUCGACUUCUUUCUGGACAUCGUGUCACAGUGGUACGACCUUGUAGUAUUCACAGCCAGUAUGGAGAUAUAUGGAGCAGCUGUAGCAGACAAAUUGGACGGAGGCCGAGGGAUUUUACGCCGUAGAUAUUAUAGGCAGCACUGCACACUCGAUUACGGUAGCUACACCAAGGACCUAGCUGCCAUAUGUCCAGAUCUGGCCUCUAUAUUCAUUCUGGACAAUUCCCCCGGUGCAUAUAGGCAAUAUCCAGACAAUGCAGUGCCAAUCAAGUCAUGGUUCAGUGAUCCACUGGACACCUCCCUACUCAACUUAUUGCCCGUGCUGGAUGCACUGCGGUUUACAGCUGAUGUACGUUCGGUCUUAUCCCGAAACCUACAUCUCCACCGUUUAUGGUAGCACUCAGGGUUGUAGUUUGUAGCGUGUGGCUGUGGCUUUUCAAGUUAACUAUUGGCCACUGUUAUUGGUCUCAGGGGUGCAUGGGGGCUUGGCCCGUGCCGCGUCCUGCUGCGCCAUGUGUUGUGGACGCUGCCACUGGAGAACUCUCAUGCUCCCCCUCCCCUCCCCCUUUCCCCCAACCCCAACCCCCUUCCCUGGAUGUAAGGGUUUAGAGUGAAUGUUGAAAGUGUUGACGCCACCUUUUGUUGUAAUUUUUUUUUUUUUUUUUUUUUUUUUUCUUUCUUUCCAUUUUUCUUUUUUCUUUUUCUUUUUUUCUCUCUUUUUUUUCUUUUUUUGUGGUAUAGAUGGCGACAUGUUCCAGUCACAUUUGGGCUGGGCGCUUAGGCCUGUACACAACUUUUUUCUGACAAUGGACAAAUUUUACCUUUAUAGUGUGUGCAAAACAUUUUUAUAUGGAGUAAUGUUUAAAAGAAAUAAAAAAAAAAAAUCUUAGAAGAUAUAUGUACUUUAUGUUUAAAAAAUAUAAAAAAAAUCCAAAAAAAUGUGAGAGAAUAAAAUAAAAAGGAUUAAAAAAAUAAAAACAAGAGAGAGAGAAUGCGAACUAGAAGUUUUACUGUGUUUAGUGUCCAGCCUUUAGCACAACUAGGCCACGUGAGUCUGUAAAGUGGGCUCAGAGCUCUGCUAGAAUAUCAACCCUUUGAGGGCACGGAAACUAUUCCCUGUGCCAUAUGAAGGGUCUUUUUGGCCUCGAUGUGUCAAAAUGGAGACUACCCACUAACACACGAAGGUACAAAGGUUAUAAACAUUGGUUGUAAGAGUGUACGUUUGUGCGUGUGUGCCUGUAUUGGUGUCGUCCAUCGUUGAAUGCACAAGGUGCAGGCUCUUUUAAAAAGUAUAUAUCCUUUAGUCAGGUCUUUAGAUGUGGAAGUGGAGAGGGACUUGGGUGCCGGGACUAAGGUGACGGACAGGCCAUGGCGGGUGGUGGGCGGUGGUAGGGGGAGGGAGCUAGGGGAAGGUGGUGCCAUUCUUGUGAGGAGGCUCAGGUUGUGUGGAAGGAAGAGAAAGAGUCUUGCUUUUUUUACAGGAUACUAAAGAAAGGACGUAAGAAAUUCGGUGAUAAAUAGGCUUUAGAAUUUGGUAUAGGGUUCCCAGUUGCUUGUUGCAGAAAGUUUAUAGGCAAGGUUCUUAAAGAUCAAAGCUGAACUUCCACAUGCAACUGUAGAAUAGGGCACCAGUGAGGAUGCCACAGGCUGACUUGUGGGAUCACCAAGUCUUCCGCUGAAGUAGGUCAAGUUCCAGGUUGACAAACUUCUCUCCCUGUGCUCCUCUGCCUAAAUCAGUGAUCAUGCAGAACUGAAGCCUUUUUAAUUGUUUUUUUUAUGCCAUUUAAUUUCUGUGAGGUGCACAAACCACUUGCAUCACACGGGGGAAAGAGGUCAGGUGUGCAGUCUCCUCGCAUUGUAAUGGCUGACUCAGUCAAAAGAGGCUAUGUACCUAAAAAUGUGAUAUGGUUUAUCAUCAUCACUUUCCUUGACUUAAUUCCCAGAAUUGGGAGGUACUUAGAUGACUAACAGUGAAAUUGCACGUUUGGAGUGUGAGAUAGUUUCAUAGCUAAAAAGUUGAUUUAAUUGUUGUUGCUAUGUUAAGUAUGAAUUAGACACUCAUUAAAAGCCACUUUCAUCUUUAUGCAUCAAGCUUUAAUUGAAAAAAGGAGCUAUUGAUUUUUGUUGAUAAAAAAGAAGAAAGAUAAUAUUCCUUGUUUUUCACUGCAUUUAUGGAUGUGAUUGUGUUUACUUAAUACUGUGUGAUGUUUUCCUCCUUACUUUCUUCUUCUUCUUCUUCUUCAUCAAUUUACUUGGAAAGUCUGCACUUUGAUGGUAGGGGAGGGUGUCUUGGGUAGGUGUGUGGUUAAGGUAAGAUUAAAAUACUGCUUUGUGUAUAUUAUUAAAAGAGUUAAUUUAUUUUCUUGAGAACUUUAAAUUUGGGGAUUUUUUUGCAUGUUGAUUUAUGAAGUCUAUUAGUAUUUUCUCUCAUGUUUGUUUUCUUUGCUUGUCAUGAGAAGACUGAAAGCUGUUGUAUUACUCAGACAUGUUACCAUGUCCCACAAAGAGUCCGAUUUUAGGGGGCAGUGCUCUUAGGAGUGAUGUAGCACUAGGGUGGAUAUGUCUUUGAAUUGUCAGCACCUCUAGGGAUGUGUUAUGGAAAAGAAAUUUAGUUUAGGAAAAGGUUAGGCUGGUAUCAGGUUCAUCAUUUCCAAAGGAAUUAUGGGGAGCCAGAUCUCUCAGGUGUAAAAAAGGAAACGGUAUGGACGUGUCUGUCUGUUUGUCUGUAUUUCAUUAGCUCUCACACGCACACGCACACGCACACGCACACGCACACGCACACGCACACGCACACGCACACGCACACGCACACGCACACGCACACACACA